UUCAUCAGAUAUUUCCACUAUGGAAGCUCAAGAAUAUAUUGAUGAUUAUUUAAAUGCUCAUAACAAGAUAAGAACCGAUCCCCAAAGCUUUAUUCCAAUUCUAGAAGAGAAACUGACUAUGUUCGAUGGAAAUAACCUGAUGCGUCCUGGCAGACCGACUUUGAUCACCAAGGAAGGACCUAAGGCAGUGAAGGAAGCGAUUAGAUUUCUUGAAAGUGUAGAGCCUGUUCAUGAACUUACACUCUCACAGGAGUUGUGCAGCUCAGCUCAAGAUCAUGCUGAAGACUUAGGAAAGAACGGAGCGAGAGGUCAUUCAGGCACUGAUGGCUCUUCAGUAUCUGAACGAAUGGCUAGAUACUGUAAGCCUUCAGGCAUGAAAGGAGAGAAUAUCAGUUACAAAGCAGGAGAUGGGAAAGAGACUGUACUUAGACUAGUAGUCGACGACGGAGUCUCAAGCAGAGGACAUAGAGACAACGUCUUUGAAACAAGAUAUAACUAUAUGGGAGUUGGAUUCCACGAUCAUCCUACCUGGGAUAACUGUGUUGUCCUAGACUAUGCUGGAGGUAUCUCCAAAGGAAGUGGGGACUACAAGCCUAAAAAGAGUCCUGGAGAUUUUGGAAAAUAUAAAGUUCACCUUGAUGAGAGUAGUAAAGAUUAUGAUGACCCUAAUGAUAUCCCUCUUGAGAUGUGCCCAAAGCAAAUUCAAGAUCAAAUUAGAGCUAUGGGACUUACAGAUAAUUACAAGAUAAAGCUUGAUGAUGGGACUUAUAAGAUUGAGUACACUACAGGUGGAUGCCCCAUGAGCAAACAGAAGAAAGAUGACUUUGGCACAAGCAAAUUUGGAGAUGGAGUUGGUGACUUUGGUGAUUUUGACGAUUUUGGAAGCAAAGGUAUUGAUGAUUUUAAAAAGAAAAUGCAUUUCGGAGAAAGAGCAGGAUUUGAUGAUGAUGACUUUGGAGGAUUUGGAAGCAAAAUGGGAGGCGGAUUAGAUCAUAAGGGUUUUGGCGACUUCGGAAGUGGCUUAAAAGGAUUCGGUCAUCAUGGUUUAGGUGAUGACGGAUUUGGAGAUCAUGGAUUAAGCUCUUUAAGCUCCUCUCAUGGAGAACCUGCAGGAUACACAUCAAAAUCUGUUAGUACUAAGACAAAUACUUGUGGAGGGAAGAAAACUGUUAAGACCACUACUACGUACACAUUCCCUGAUGGUUCAACCCAAACAAGGACAGAGACAGUCAAUUCAACUGUUUAAGAAAUUCAGCAUCAUUAAGCUUUAGACAUCAUUCAAUAGUACGUUUA